UGGUCUCAAGAAAGGUGGAGGUGCCGGAUUUGGCUGGUGAGGGACUGACACAGAUUGGCAGGGCUUCUAGGCCGACAGGACCAAGCCAUGGGCAUGGACAGUCCAGACCCUAAGUAAGGCAAAGCACUGCAGUUGUUAUGAAAAUGCCCAGUAAUAAACCAACCAAACCAAAGAUCCUGUCGAGGGACUUUUAUCAAACCAAAGAAUGUGCCUCUUGGACCUCGGAGCCUUGGUCACCACAUGGAGCCCCCGAGGCCCCGAGUCCCCGUGGCAACAGAAACAGCGGCGAUGCCUCCUUGCGAGAGUUAUUGAUGGAAAUCAGGAAGAAAACGGACAAGAGCCUCGAGUUCGUGUCAGCUUUUGAGGGGAAAAUCGUGUCUCUCAACACUCGCAUGGACGUGCUGGAAGGGCUAGUCACCAGCCUGGGCCAGUCAGCCGCACAGACGGAUUCCUCGGUCAGAAAGCAGCAGGUGAAAACCCAGCAGUGCACCCAAGCCUUGGAACGCUUGGCCCGAGAAAACAGCCACCUCAGCACCCGCAUGGAGCUAAUGGAGAGCCGGGCCCAGGCCCGCACUCUAAGGAUUCUCGGGUUGCCAGAGAAAGAGGAGGGGCGAGACCUGAGAGCCUUCCUGGAGAAUUGGCUGCCCCGCAUUCUGCGGCUCGACACACCCGGAGACCCCCUUGUAGUGGAGAGAGCCUACAGGGAAACACACAGGAGGCAUACGCCUGGGCCAGACACGGGCAGGACUGUCAUUGCUCGCUUGGCGGACUUGAAGGAUAGAGAGAAAAUAUUGCAGCAGGCCAGGAGACUGAAGAAUAUUAUUUAUAGGAGGAAGCAGAUCCUGAUCUUUCCAGAUUUAGGCCCUAUCCCCCAAGAGUUCAAGGAGGCCUUCAUGCUGUUUGACAGGACCCCGACCGGGGAGAUGAAGAUCACCUACAGUCAGUGUGGUGAUGUCCUGCGAGCGCUUGGGCAGAACCCAACCAAUGCUGAAGUUCUGAAGGUGCUGGGCAAGCCCAAACCAGAAGAAAUGAACACAAAAAUGCUGGACUUUGAGACCUUCCUCCCAAUCCUGCAGCACAUCUCCCGCUCCAAGGACCAGGGCACUUUUGAGGACUUUGUGGAAGGCCUGCGUGUCUUUGACAAGGAAGGGAAUGGCACGGUCAUGGGUGCAGAACUCCGCCAUGUGCUCGCCACGCUGGGCGAGAAACUGACAGAAAGCGAGGUGGAGCAAUUGAUGACAGGACAGGAAGAUGCCAACGGCUGCAUCAACUAUGAAGCUUUUGUCAAGCACAUCAUGUCGGGCUGAAACAGGAAUCUCUAGGGUUUUCUGAAAUGUUUCCAUCCCAGUAAGCCUUACCAACAGCAAGAAUGCUUGACCCAUGUCCCUUCCUGCCUAAAAUGUCCUGAGUCUGCAGAUGUAUCUCUUGUGAACCACAACAGAGUCCUCAUAGCCGCAAUCUACCAGCCCUACACUAUCGUGUGCAAUCACCUCUGUAUAUAAAAGGACACGUCUGCCCUUCCAUUUUUAAUCUUAAUUUAUUCUUUUGAUUUUUUUCCCUCAUUGCGGCAUUUGACCCAUUAAAUUUCGCACACACCCCCCAAA